AUGGGACAACACAACUCAGCCGUGAAGCAGAGACUACUGCGACUGAAAAUUCCUGCCUCAAAGCCGAUAUCCCUUCACCCCGUGAAGUCCAAUCCCCAUCCGAUCAAGCAACAUCCCAACCAAACCCUCCCCAUCGAACUCAUUGAAGCUAUCGUAUCAAUUGUCGCGGACUUUGACGAUGGCUCCGCAGAGGCGCUACAAUCCAUGGCUCUUGUCUCCCAUACUUGGCUGCACCUUUGUCGUCGCUUGUUAUAUCACACUGUCCAUGUUGACAGUCGAAGGAAUUCUACGAGGAUCAUGUCAUGCGCGUCCUUCACACGUAUCUUUUCCGAGUACGCUCAUCUAGGCUCCUACGUCGCCGACGUAUCUUUCAUUGCUGAACCGUACAUGUGGACCGGCCAAGUUGCUUCAUGCAUGAUGCAGUUUGGCUUUCUCCGCAGUCUGCACCUGCGCUGCUACAUGGACGAGUACGACACACGGCGCGGGAACUUAAACGUAUUUGCGGUUUCUCUGCCUCACAUGUUAGCGCUACCCACGUUCACAACUCUGGAUCUUGUGGGGUGUACCCACGCGAGCUUGUGCCAAACCCUCCUUUCAGCUCUUGCUGAGACCACACAAACUACGAGUCUUUCCUCUCUUUCGCUGAAAGAGAUAUUACCAGAUGUGCCCAUCGUGGCACCAACGUCGCGAAGUCUAUGUAUGGGCCGGCUCCGUAGCCUGGAAGUGGAUGAUAAUGGCAUCCUCGAGAGGCUUGGUAUUCGUCCGCCUUUUCUACAUCAUUUUUCGACGGUGUAUAAAGAAGGUGUUCUUCUCCCGGUCCACUGUCCUCUGGGAAUCUCGAGCCUCAGCAUCCAAAUAUCGCAUCGCGUCAAUUUUACCGCUCAUUUCCCUCGUCUACCAGACCUUCCCCAACUUCGGAUUCUGACCUUCAUGUCUUCGUGGCGGGCGUAUAAUCUCGAUCUUCCUUGGAUCUACGAAUCUAUUCAAAGGCUUGGAUUCCCCAAGCACCUUCGGCGGUUACAACUACAACUUUGCGAUGGUUAUUCUUUUCGUACACUCCAGCCAGUACCGUGUCGUGAACUUGAUGCUCUUCUCGCCCAACUAUAUCGUGACGGGUUGCUGGAGGAAGUUGAUUUAUCCCUGGUUGUCUACAAAAUGGAAGUUGUGCCAGGUCAAGAUUCUAUCAAGGCUUGUGUAGAAGCUACAUGGCCGAUGCUCAUGCAGAUGCAGAUCCUAACAGUCUCUGUCACCAUCGCAGAAUGCAAUGAUUACUUCCUCGCUUAUAUGUGA